GCACGUGCGCGACCACGCAGCGGGGCCGGGGCCACUGCAGUCGCCGCCCGCGAGGAAAAGGAAACCAGUGAACCCGACGCGGGCAGAAAGCGACACGCCUGUCUCGCUCCCCCCACCUCCCGCGCGGAAGAUCCCCGUCGCCACCCGCCUCCCCCACCAUGGCGCCGUCGCGCCCGCUCAUGCGCGGGAUCCGCCCGCCGCGCGUCUUCCCCACCCGCGCCGGCCGCGCCUCCCCGUACGCCCUCGCGCUCACCGCCCUGCUCCUCGUCUCCGCCUUCCUCCUCGCGCUCAUCGCCUUCGGGGUCUUCUCGCUCCCCGUGUCAGCGCCCAACGCAGCCACCACGAACGCCGCCGGCGCCGGGGGAGGGGAGACCGAGUCCGCCGACGCCCGGCCCGCGCGCCCGCGCCCCCGCCGCGACCUGGGGGAGGGGCUGGGAGAGCGGGGUGCGCAGUGGACGGAGGUGAUCUCGUGGGAGCCCAGGGCAUUCGUGUACCACAACUUCCUGUCUAAGGAAGAGUGCGAGUACCUAAUUGGAUUAGCCAAGCCUCACAUGGUAAAAUCAACGGUUGUUGAUAGCACCACUGGCAAAAGCAAGGACAGCAGGGUUCGUACAAGUUCAGGCAUGUUUCUUCAAAGAGGAAGAGACAAGGUUAUUCGAACAAUUGAGAAGAGGAUAGCAGAUUUCACCUUCAUACCUGUAGAACACGGUGAGGGACUCCAAGUGCUGCAUUAUGAAGUUGGGCAGAAGUAUGAGCCUCACUUUGAUUAUUUUCUUGAUGAGUUCAACACCAAGAAUGGUGGUCAGAGGAUGGCUACUCUUCUGAUGUAUCUAUCAGAUGUUGAAGAAGGGGGUGAGACUAUUUUCCCCGAUGCAAAUGUGAACAGCAGUUCUUUACCAUGGUACAACGAGCUUUCAGAAUGUGCCAGAAGAGGUCUUUCCAUCAAACCAAAGAUGGGAGAUGCACUUCUUUUCUAUAGCAUGAAACCAGAUGCCACUCUGGAUCCAUUAAGUUUACAUGGGGGUUGUCCUGUGAUUAAUGGAAAUAAAUGGUCGUCAACCAAGUGGAUGCAUGUCCAUGAGUACAAAGCUUGAGCCUUCUAAAGUCAGCUUACCAUAGAUGGAUCUCUAUGUCCAUGCGACUUGUGGUUCUUUCGGGAUGGCCACUCACUCAUGUAUGCUUAUAGAUCCACUCGAGUUGCAUUCUUUACUCCUCGACGGAGAUGAUGGGGGCAAAUAAGCAAGGGGCCUUGCUUGUCCUUGCAGUAUUUUUGGGAAUGAUCCUUGCUGACUUGGCUUUCCUUUUUGGUUUCUUCUCUUGGAGUACCCCAACUAUAGAGGAAUGAUGAUGUAGGGUUGGGGUUAUAGAAUUUGGAAUUUUUGUUUUUGUGUGUUACCGGUGAUGUUAGUACGAGAAUGCUGUAUUAUUAUGGGUAUAAUAUGUGUUACUAAUGAAUAAAGAGGCCUGGAGCUGUACUGUAUUGGACUCAAAACAUUUGUGUC